GUCACAGGGUCACGGUGAUAUAGGGCUUAAAGGCAGACCCAUGUGCAGACUCAGGUGGUGCAGUCGUCUUCAGUCUUGCUGCUCUUUGAGUUUCAUCUCAUCAGGAUCCCUGCAGCCAACAAGAUGAAAGUGGCAUUAGCUCUCAUUGUUGCACUCCAGGUGUCGGUGUGCCUGUGUGAAGUUCCAAAGCCUGAUCCGGAGCUUGUGAAAAAGUUUGAUAGUUUAACGAAUGUGGCCUCCAAGAGGGUGAUUAAUGCCUACGAGGAUUUCCAUAACUUUCUAGUGAAACUGGCUGAGGGCACAAUCACAGGGGAGAAGGUCAAGGAACUCAGACAGCAUGUACAAGAAAGCGAGAGAUUGAAAGCUCUGGCUAAGCUGCUCGCUUAUGCAUAUGAGGAGCUGCAGCCUGGUAUCGAGAAGGCACGUCUGGGUGCUCUUGGCAUUUAUGGUGAAUACCUCCGUCCCUACAUCGGCAUUUAUCUGGACGCUGCCAUCAACAACGUCAAACCCGUGCUGGACACAUGGCUGCCUGCUGAAAAGCCUUAAAAAAAUUCAAAGGCCACUUGACCUCCAAACGCUUUCCCUGCACCCUCUGACUGUGCUGCCUGAGAUGCUUUAGCUUUAGCUAUUUGUUUCUCAAUUGCACAGCCAUAAGAUGUACAAUUGGGCCACGGUCUUAACAGGGACAUCAGAAGAAAUAACAUUGUGAUAGAUAGUCAUGUGCAGGUGUAGAUCAUAGGCUUGUACUGUACAUAACUGUAUAUUAUGAUGUUCUCCUGUACAUGCAAAAAUAGACAUCAACAUUUGUGCAGCAUUAAUAAAGAAUAAAAACAA